CGCAUUCAUUUGAAAUCGAGCCCACAAACUACCGGCGUGGGCGGCAAAAGAGUUCGUGUGUGAACUGGGGGUAAGUAAACGGAUAUACUAGCAACAUGAGUUUAUCGAAAUUCGAAUGGAUUAUAUCGAGAGCACUUUAAAUAUCGACUAAGUACGGUGCCGAUAUUGAAUUUAUUACAAAAUUAGAUUGCUUAUUGUUAUCUCUUAUAAAAGUAGCUACAAUCUUGGUAUAAGGGCUAUAAUCGCUAUAAUCUUUGUUGAGAAGGGUAUCACAGUAUUUUUUUGUUUUACGAAUAAUGUUAGAACUUACCUUUAACUUUGACUGAAUUGGACUGGCAAGAAGUUGUAGUCAAAAAUAACACUAAAAGCGAAUGAAUGUGAUUGACACAUUAUUGAGUAGUGGUUGUAAAAGUACACAGAAUGGCAGAUAUUGUUCCACAACAUUGGGCUUAUGAUUUACUGAAAAACAUUGCGGGGCAAGAACCGUCUUCACCGGAUUUGGUGGCCGAGUUCAAAUCCAUGUUUUUAAAUGACAUUAAUUCCCCGCGUCGAUACGAAUGCAUAAGAACCAUGACCGAUCUAAUUGACUGUCUUGAACGUCGCGAUGUUAUUAAUGAACAAAACGUAGAGCCGCUUCGCAUCUUAGGACUUAAACGGCUCGACGAUGCUAUUGAAAGUUAUAUUCCUCCACAGAAAGACGCUGAAGGCACCAACCAAUAUCACUACAUGAAUGUAGCCAACGAACUGUCCAAUAAACUAACAAUUAAUGGCAGAAGCCCACCGUCACCCUACAGCAAUAUUAGCUACGACAAUAUACGGCGCUCGGCACCGUUGGAAACGGCAUCGUUAACUACACCCUCACCUGGAUUAAAUAAUUCCAACAUUUAUCCAUGUGUUUUAGCUGAGGAUAAACGUAAUGCUAUUUAUAAAAUGCUCUCACAAUAUUUAGGUACGCAUUGGCGAAUGUUCGGCCGAGAAUUGGGAUUACGUGAAGGAACGAUGGAUGAAAUCGAGUUGCAGUAUCCUCGCGACCUAACUACGCGUGUAUACAAAGUUUUGAAAAUAUUUGAACAGGAUGAUUGUAAUGAUCCGAAAAAACAUUUACGGAUGAUAAAAGAUGCUUUGGAACGAUCUCGCCGGAAAGAUUUACGUCGCAAAAUUGAUGACAUCUUGUCGUACUGAUUGUUAGUACUGAAAUUACUAUAAAAAUAUAAUUCGAAAAAACCAAAUA